CUCGAGGCGGAUGCUUCAUUCAUAAGACAAGAUCUACUACGGUGCACCGUAAUACCGGUAAACGUCCUCCGGCGUUCCUUUAUCGGACUUUAUGGAUCUAUAAUCGCACGUUUUUGUCGCGAGUGGAUUGGAGAAGAAAACACGAGGAUUUACCGCAAAACAUUAAAGCAGAGGAGUUCUUCAUCUGGAGCGCUUUCUCGCUGAAAGCGCUGGACUGGAUUAAGUUCAUUCAUGCAACUUUUUUGGAAAGAGACCAAGACCAUCUCACCGGGGCUCAACAAGAAGAUACACGGUGACACUGGGCGCUCUUUGGUUCCUGCAGGUGUCGCGUUCUCUUUCGGUCCCCCCGGGGAGAUGUACCAAGGGUUCCCCGGCGACCUCGACAGCGGGUCCCGUGGAAGCUCGUCUCCAUCCAUUGAGUCCCAAUACCUAUCCUCCGUGGACUCCUUCGGGAGCCCGCCCACCACCAGUGCUCCGCAGGAGUGUGUGUCAGCAGGUGCUGGCUUGAGCAUUGUGGGUAGUGGGCCAGGGAUCAGUGGUGGAGCUGAGAUGCCCAGUUCAUUUGUGCCCACCGUCACUGCCAUAACCACCAGUCAGGACCUGCAGUGGAUGGUACAACCAACCCUCAUCUCCUCCCAGGCCUCUGGACAAAGUGGUUCCACAGGCACCACGACCAUGACCCAGCCGGUGUCACUGGUGGACCCGUUUGACAUGCCAGGUCCUAGUUAUUCUUCAGGGUCUGGAUUCACUCCUCCGAGUUCAGACGCUCCGGGGCCAAGUCCAGGCCCCAUCCGCCAAUCCCGGUCCCGAUCCCGCAGUCGUCGUGCACGAGAGGAGUCUGUGAGUGAAGAUGGCGAUGUUGGUCUGUUUCUAACACCUGAAGAGGAGGAAAAGCGGCGCGUUCGUCGAGAGAGGAACAAGCUAGCUGCUGCCAAGUGCAGAAACCGCAGACGGGAACUUACAGACAAACUACAGUCGGAGACCGACAUACUGGAGGAGGAGAAGGCAGAGCUGGAGGCCGAGAUCUCUGAGCUGCAAAAGGAGAAGGAGCGUCUGGAGUUUGUCCUGGUGGCCCACCAACCCACCUGUAAGAUCCCAUACCAGGACCUGGCUCAGCAGGGCUCAGUGCAGCUCCCUCCAGUGCAGUCCCAGCUUGCCCCCCAGACCUUACAACCGUCUCCUAUCUCCAUUGUGGGCUUGACUGUGAAGGAAGACUCUUUCUAUCUCCCUCCUGCCUACACAGCCCACCCAGCCUCCACACAGCCCCAGCCUCCAGCUCAGCAGCAGCAGCAGGCUCAAGCAGGGAUGAUGCAGGAGGUAGAGUUUUCUAGUUCUUACUAUGGCUCAAGUGAGCCAGCAACUGGUGGGCCAUGCCUCAUGGCCAGUGACAGUGGUGGUGGUGUUAACCAUGACGAUGCGACCAUUGGCAGUUACAACACCUCAUACACAUCUUCAUUUGUGUUCACCUACCCAGAGGGAGCCUGCGGGGUCAGUGCCAACCAGCGGAACAGCAGUAGCGAGCAGUCAUCUGAUUCCCUGAACUCGCCUUCGCUGCUGGCGCUCUGACUAACCGACAGACACAUGCAUGCCUAUAUGACCAAGCACACACACAACGCUCACUGGAGGUAGAGGCUGAGCCACGCAUCAUCCAAUGAGCCUCACAGAUUGAGAUUUUUAAAAGCCAAUCAUUUGAACCUGAUAGGGUUAAAGUUUGCACCUUGGGAAAUGCAUUCCAAUUAAGAGCCAUAAUCAAAACAAAGUUGCACAUCAGACCUAAACCUUUAACGUUAAGCCAAAAACAAGGAAUAAAUUCCUGUUUUGGAUUGAGCAGAAGACUUGCAACAGAGCAAACCAAAAAAACGAGCAGCUAAAGUCACCAAUUUUAAGAGCUCUGAGCAAACAGAUUAAUUCACAAUGAAUUAUUGUAUUUGAAUACUCUCGUUGAGUAAGCCGCAACAUGUAACGCCACACCCCGACAUGCACCAGUGCCCCUACCUUGUUCCCUCUGUCGGUCUUCCCGCUGCUAGCGCUCUUGCUUUCAUUCUUUUCCAUAUUUUUCCUGUUUCCCUCUUGUUGAAUGUGUUUGUGCAGAUCUGAAAGACAAUUUGUUCGGGGUCGUUUCUUUUUUUUUUUUUGUGGGAGACAGACAGCUCACUCACCAGUUGCUCUUCAUCUGCUCGGCUUCCCUCUGCUUCUUCAUUUGCUGCUUGGACUUGACACGCUGGAGAUCUGAGUAUCAAAGCCUCUCUAAAUCUUGUGCUUUCUUCUCUCGUUGAAAAAAGAAAGAAACAAACAAAUUCUUCUGCCGUCUGCCUUACCUGCCAUGCGACCCAUCUCUACCCAUCUCUGUUUUCUCCUCUUCUGUCUCUUUGUUUCUCCCUCUCUUUGAAGUCUUCAACCACUGACAGCCCGAAGACUCCCAUCAGCCCUUGGGACCUUGAGUGAAAGCCGUCGCCAAAAUGUCCCCCUUUGACCAUGUCAUUCAAGAGAGUGGACGCAACCCACCUAAACAGAAGAACCUCUCCUUGGUGCACACUUGCUCAGAUCCUUAACGUGAACAGCAGCUACACACACACACACGCACAGAGAUGCAUAAAGAUGGAUGCCUUCAUCUUCAGCUGAGCCAUUUUUUAUAUCGUUCACACAGUGGAGAUCAGAUGAGUCUAUCAUGAAGCUGGAGAGAGCGUAAGUUGAAAGAACCUGAGAUGCAGGCAACGAGGAUGCAGAUCAAGACAGUCCUGGCUGUUUAUCUUUGGGGGGAGGGGGGGGGGGCGGCAAAUAUCAUUAAACACGAAGCGAAAACAACAAACACAACAAAAUAAAAUUACCUUUGCUCGUGCCAUCCACGUUAGAAUGGUGACCUCAGAAAAGCGCGCUCACUCAUCUCUGAACUGAAGAGACGGACGUCGUGUUGCGACACACACCAGCUGAGAGUUUCGGGUCAGAGUUGAUCAGAUGUGAACCUUCCUUCAGAGGAAGGACUUUUUCUACUUUAAAAGCAUUUCAGACAACCUCUAAACGUUGGGCUCGGUGGUCUCUGUGCCUCCCCAAGACGAGGCCUGGAGCGGGGGAGUGCGUUUAUUUGUGAGUGAGGCCACUCUGAGGCACCCGGCCCGUUUAUUUCUUUCUUGAUUGAGGUUGAUGUGGCGAUCGAGGACGAGAGCAAGACCAAGAAAAAAAAAUUAAAACACCGGAGAGAACAUGUGGGCUGAUGUCGUGGAGUGAGCGUCCCUUUCUUCGCCUGUGAAGUUGUAAAAUUUGUUUUCUCUGUAUUGUUUGAGUGAAAACUGUUAUAUAUUUUAAUGUUUAUGUUUGUUUUUGUGACUCACUGUUCAGCAUUGACCUCUGCUCCUUACUUUUAUUGUUACCAUUUCUUCCUUUUUUUGUUUCUUGUUUCCGUCAGUUGAAUCGGCAGAUUUCCUGUUGCUAUUGUCAUUAACACUUUUGUGUUAUUUUAUUGUACUUUAUUUGGCCAAAUUUUGCGACAUGCUGUGCACUUAAAAAGAACACACAUGUACACACAUAUACGUCUGAACAGGUAUAUACGUGUAUGUGCCAUGAUUGUUGCGUUUGAAUGUCUGCAGAUUAAACAGGAUAUUUUUGUCAAUGAAGAACAUGGUAAAAGUUUAAUAAAUAUUUAAAAAUAAUUAUUUUUAUAAAGGAGAUUUAAAAAAUGACAAAGCCUAUAAGGAAUUUAAGGACCAUGAACACGAGCACGAUGUCACUGCCUCUGUCAAUGUGUAUUUAUGUUUUAUAAACAAUAUAAAGCACUAUCUGAGUUACAUUUAAUGUCUGAAAGUUGUGGUAACGCCUUUGUUUUGUUUGUUUUUCUCUGUGAGGUCUGUUCCAAAGCUACUGACACCUUUAUGCCACUUGAUGCUUUGCAUACAGAUAAAAAACAAAUGGAUUGAAUGUAAAAAGAUAUGUUUGUGUAAUUUAAAUGGGUACAGAAAUGUGUUUUUGAAGGAGAGCCACAGAUUUAACUUUGUUGUUGUCUGAGAUUUUAAAAAAAAACUUGUGUUUGUGUUUCCUGAGCAAGAAGCUUUAUUUUCAUCAAAUAAACAUGUUUAUUCACCCUAAAAUGGAAAGAUUCAUUAAAUGAAUAUUUGUUCCAAAGUGGCUCAUGGUGUUCAGAAGAUGGACAGACCUCAACAAUUUCUUUUCUUUUCUUCAGAUGUUGAAUAAGGACUGUGUUUGUAUAAAUUCUGGAGAUGCCUUUUGACUUCCUCCAAAUGCAAAUGUGAUAAUAUAUAUAUGUACUGGUGUCAGAAUAAGCAUAAAAACAUUCAAUAGUUCUCAUGUACAUACAGGUUUUUGUGGUGCUACUUAUAUUAGACUAAAACGAGGAGGCGAGGCUAAUGAAAACACUACUUGACUCUGCAGGGUGCUUUACCCUGAUUGGGAGCCAACUACAGAGAAUUUCUAGCAGCAAAAGCUUGGUAAUCACUCAGUGAUUAAGCCGUGAUUUAAUAUUUUUAAGCAUCAGAUUGUGCGUAUACACAACUUGCACACUAGUAUAUUACCCCUGAUUGCCACAAGUGAUUUAAUUUGAUUUCUUUUAUUGAAACUUUUUGAAUUUGCUUUGAACAUUUGCAGGUUUACAAUUAAAAAAAAGAAAAACAAGGAGGGUUCAAAGACCGCCAGAUAAACUGCCCUGCAUUUAAAUGUACUGUAAUGAUGACAAUAUUACCUGAACCAGAGCUUUCCUAUUUUUCUAUGAUGAGGUGAAUGUUGCUAUGUGUUUCUAUUUUUCCACAAUUCCCAUCUGUGCUCUGAUUUCAUAUUAUCCCUGUUAUGAAAUGCAAUAUUUACAGUCCUCUUGGAUGAACAUAAUGUAGCAUAUUCUGCAGUAAUCAGACUGACUGCUACUAUGUGUCAAGUGCGAUGUUGUAUUGCUUUACAUAUCAACUUUUGUUACAGUAUUAAAAGUAAAUAAGUAAAUAAAUAUUCAAAGUAAGUUUUAUUUUGAGACAAUCUUUAUGAAAAAAGCCUGGAAUUUUAUAUAUAUAUAUAUUCAUUUAUUGAUUGUGAAGAGAAUAUUAAGUCUCUCAAAUUGUAGUAAACUUAUAGAGUAUCUUCUUUUUAUUGUUCUUAGAAUUUCCUUUGUAUUUGUUUCUUUCCGUGAGCAAAAAAUGUCAUUCAAUAUCUUUUGGGACAAAUAAAAAUUAAAUAAAUGUGAAAUAUUCUGAGAUUAAGCAGGUAAAAGGCUCCUCAGAAAGCAUAAAUAACAUCUCAUUUGACUUACAUGCACAUAUGUUCAAGAUCCCUCAUUGAAAAAUAGUUUACUUUUCUCAAAAUGUUUAACUUUAGAUAUUUUGCUAAGAACUAUAGAGUAUUUCUGUCCUGUUUUUACAUUCUUCACAUUUAUCUAUUUGUGAAGAAUGUCUGUCUUUUGCCACUAUCACACUCUGAUCUAUCAGUCCAUUUUAAAGGCCCUGCCUUUUCGGCUAUUCUGACAUGUUUACACUCCGAAACUUUCCUUCUCAAAUUUGAUGGCGCUAUCUUCUUUAAUGGUGAUUGGAACAAUUGCAAAACCUUCUUUUAUUCUGUGAAGAAUUAAUUAAAUAAAUGUCAUGUAAAGUAAA